CGCUUAGCCUGAUUUGUCUUGCAACUUUGUUGCAUAGGAAUUGUUCCCUGUCUCCUUCUCUCAUAGAUACGUCAUGGCUACUCAGGCUCCGCCACUCCUCACACUGCAGGAAGGAUCCGUGCAAACCUGCAGCGGGUACGUGGAGAAACAGUCCCGCAUAUUGAAGAGAUGGAAAAAGAGAUGGCUAAUCAUUACUCCUGGUCAAUAUCAGCACCAAGUUUUUACUGAAAAGAACGGGACACAAAAACUCUUUUUUGAAAUUCCCCCAGCUCGUAAACCCCUCGUAGAGCCAGUCACCACAGACCCCAAGGACUCAAACUAUACGUCCUUUCAUGUUAUUAACCAAACCACUGGAAAACGCUUGGGAACAUUCCGAACACCAGACAUUGUACAAAUGCGUAGUUUCAUGGCAUCAUUUGGUCACACUGGAGAGGGUCUCUUCUCAAAGGCAGAAGGUGCUAAUGAGAUCCCAGUAGAAGCAACGCAUGGACUUUGGGAUGUUAUCCAUCCAUCAGAAGAGGAACUUGUACAAAGACAAACGGCAUUUAAUGAGGGAAUCAAGGAGAAAAAGGAUGAGGGUGAGGUUGUACCCAGACCUGUUGAUGCCCCUCCUAAUUAUGCUCAAACUAUGGAGCAACUGGCGUUAGGGUUUUAUCUACCAAAUGACCUUCAGCCAGAGACACCUGUAGUGUAUCCAGGUCAAGCAAUGCCUAUUUAUGAUCCUUCAGUAGCAGCUGCUUCUUCAUCAACCAGACGACCCUCACAUGAUACCUUCCGCCCACCCCACGGUCCACCUGUUUUUUGUCCAAUUAGUAUUGGGUAUGGACCUGAGGUUGGUCUGAGUGAUGGACAGCAGGCACUAUGGGAUCCGAUUGGCAAGUAUUACUUCUUUCUUGAUCACUUACAAAAAGUGACCUUUUUUGAAGACCCACGCCCACCUAUAGCAUCCAAACCAGCUUUAAAGAAACGCCAGGGGACUUACGGCGAUCGUAAAAGAGAAAAGACACUCCCUAAGGCGCUCUGUCGUAGCCAUCACAUCAUAAACCACACCUCCCAAAGGGCCCAAUCUAAGAAACAUGGUUUUGUGCUUAAUGCUGCUGGUAUUGACGGUGAUGACGGAAACCAUGGCAAAGCAGGUACUACUGGUACCAGCGGAAACUAUGGAAUGGAUGGAAGAGGAUAUGGUUCUGAUGGAAGUGCAGGGGGUCCUGGGGGGGUCGGGGGGCAGGGAGAGUUUGGACAAAGAGGACAAGAUGCAACUGAAGCAAGUGAUGUCAUACUUAGUCUCUCUGGCAACAGCGAGUCGUUACAUGUAUCUGGUUCAUGUAAAUUCACGGCACAUUUGGGCGGAGACAAAUAUGAGGAAGUAUUAUUUGUAAAUUGUAGAGGAGGGGACGGGGGUAGAGGAGGUAAUGGGGGAACAGGCGGAGCUGGUGGCAGAGGAGGUAAAGGAGGUAAUGGAGCUUGUGGCCGUCCGGGAGCUUCCCACUCUGAUGCUCCUGGUGAUAAUGGGGAAGAGGGCGGCAAUGGGGGUAAUGGGGGAUUGGGUGGAGCCGGAGGUAAAGGAGGAAGAGGAGGAGAUGGGGGAAAUGCUGGAUAUGGAGGUGCCUGUGUAUUACAAGCUCAGGACCCACGACUGUUCAUGCUAGUAGAGGUGGACUGUAUGUGUGGAGUAGGUGGAAAAAAGGGGCAUGGAGGACAAGGAGGGGAAGGAGGCAGUGGAGGAUCCGGUGGUAGUGGAGGUUUUGGAGGACCAGGAGGCAUGGGAGGUACGUUCACAAACGAUGAUGGAGUCACUUUUCCUUAUCCAUGUGGUUUUCCUGGUCCAAGUGGGCGUUCUGGAUCUAGGGGAUAUGAUGGACGUCAGGGUGCUUCUGGACAGGACGGAAUCAAUGGCAAAUCAGCACCAAUUGGUGGUAUAUUGUGGGUUACCAGCUCACCUGAUGGAGGGAUACUUCAUGAGUCUUCCACACGUUAUGACUGCCAUGUGACCGGGUUUCACACUGCUUCUGCUGUUGAUGACGGGAUCUUUGAACCAAACGAACGUGUCAUUAUAACAGACCUCACCAUGACUAAUGAUGCUUCUAUGGACCUGCCCUCUGGAGCCAUUGCUUUUAUUCCUUCAACUCAAACUAUCAAAUUUGAGCCAAUAAAACACGAACUGCCUGAAAUCCCUUGUGGGACCACAUACACCGUUCCUGUUAGUUACUAUGGGCGAAUAUUCGACCAGCCUCCUCCUAACAAACCUGGACCGUUUGUUUCAAAAGCAGAGUUUGUAUCUCGUGUUGAAUUAUUGGGACGUCCCUUUGAGCGCUCGUUCCACAAGAAAACCCUUGUUGUACAGUACCCUAUUAAAUUAGCAUUUAUGAAAUGCCCAGAAAACCUUGGACGUGGCGAAACGGCUAAUCUUGAGAUUGGAAUUAAAAACAUAUCCCAAAUGCCUUAUGGAUCAGUUCCUGGCUCUGGCGGGAAAGUCAUUCUUCAGGUUCACUUUGAUCAGCGACUCCUCCCAGUGGCAGCUGCUAAUGUGGGUCUCUCCCUAGUUCCUUACACAGUUACUUAUGACCCUAACAUGAGGGACAGUCUGUAUGUUCAGCUUCACGAAAUACCUCCAAAAGGUACAGUGGUCGUCCAGUUGACAGUUCAAAUGGAGAGCAGGGCCGAGCUUUUUGACCGCUGUCUCUGGCAAGCUGAUGUUUACCUCCGAGAUAAAUUAAUUGAAUAUAAUCACCAGAUGAUACGAGUGUCUCCAUUUUAUACUCCAACUGCCUCACCUUCGGACAUAUUGAUGAUAACUGGUAGUGGCAUAUCACGACGUGAGUUUGUGUUCUGGCAAAAGAUACUGGAGAGUUUGUAUGUAACGGUCGAUUUCUGGGACACUGACAGGUACAACGGAGUAUCUGUGGAUGCCACCACUAACACGAGGCAUGCUGUAACUUGGGAAGGGAGAUAUGGCGGUAAAAUGAUCCUCUAUCCUCAUGCUGACCUCAAUAAGUUGCAUGGUAUUGAU